AUUAAUUAAUUAAUAUUACCCUCUCUCCAUUUCCGCCAUGGAAGCUCUGCAACUCCAAUUCCUAUACCUCCUUCCACCACUCUUCUUAACACUCUACACAAUCACUCACCAUUUCCUUAACAAAUAUCUCAAUCUCCCACCCACACCUUUCCCCAUUCUCCCAAUUUUAGGGCACCUCCACUUCUUCUUCUUCUUCACCAAAUCCACAACUCUCCACCGCUCACUGUCACAAAUCUCGCGGCGGCGCGGCCCGAUCCUCCUCCUCCGCCUCGGCUCCCGGCCAGUCCUUCUCGUUUCCUCCCCGUCCGCCGCCCAGGAGUGCCUGGUCAAAAACGACGUCGUCUUCGCCGACCGCCCCAAUCUCCUCAACGGGAAGCACUUCGGCUACAACUUCACCAGCCUCGCGUGGGCCCCGUACGGCGGCCACUGGCGAAAUCUGCGGCGGAUCUCGACGCUCGAGCUCCUCUCCGCGCGUAGAAUCCACGCCCUCGCCGGAGUUAGGGCGGACGAGUCCCGAUCGCUGGUUCAGAAAUUGAUCGCGAUCGGAGACGAUGAUGACGUGGAUUUGAGGAAGCUGUUUUUCGAGCACGUUUAUAAUGCGGUGAUGAGGAUGAUUACUGGAGAGGAGGCGGCGGAGGAGGAGGAGGAGGAGGGUUGGGAGGUUUUUGGGGGGAUUGUGGCGGAGAUGACGGAGGUGACGUUGGAAGCUAACGUCGUUGACUUUGUGCCGUUAGUGGGGCGGUUAUUCGGGAUUGGAGAUUGUGUGGAGAGGAAGAUGAGUUUUGUGCAGGAGAAGAGAGAGAGGUUUAUGGAAAACGUGAUCGAAAAGCAUCGUCGGAAGAAGAAGGAAGAUGAAGAUGGAAUGGAGAAAAGCUUGAUUCAAUUUCUGUUGGAUUUGCAGAGAGAAGAACCUGAAUAUUACACUGAUCAAACCAUCAGAAAUCUCCUACUGGUAUUACUCCAAGGAGCAACACACGCUACAUCAGCCACACUAGAAUGGGCAUUCUCACACCUCCUGCAAAACCCACACAUUCUAACACGAGCAAGAUUCCACAUAGACAACCACCUCAUCGGCAAAGAACGCCACCUCAUCACCGAAUCCGAGGUGGCCCAAAUCCCAUAUCUCCACCUCAUAAUCAACGAGACCCUCCGAAUGCACCCCCCGGCCCCACUUCUCACCCCCCAUCUCUCCUCCCAAGAGUGCACCAUCGGUGGGUUCCGCGUGCCACGUGGCACCAUGCUAUUGGUCAACGCAUGGGAUAUCCACAACAAUCCGGAAACAUGGGAAAACCCUAAUGAGUUCUUGCCCGAGAGAUUUGAAGGAGUGGGGAAAAAUAAUAAAAAUGGGUUCGAUUUUUUGCCGUUCGGGUGGGGGCGGAGGGGUUGCCCCGGUGAGAAACUGGCGGUGGCUAUGAUUGGGGCGGUGUUGGGGUGUUUGAUACAGUGUUUUGAGUGGGAGAGAGUUGGUGGUGGUGAGAUUGAUAUGAGAGAAGGUAAAGGGGUUAUUACAACUAGAGUUCAACCUCUGAAGGCUAAGUGUUGUCCACGUUCGUUUCUUGUUGACCAUUCUUCUUUCUUGAAGUGA